AUGUCUAACGGUUCAAUCUGCCUAAUAUCAUGUCUAAACGCGAAGGACCCCAAAGAUGCUACAGUUUAUACGGCUGCUGGAGGAACUGCCACUGUUGAAUUGACAAUUCUGGAAAAACCUGAUGGAAAUKUGAAGAAGAAAUCUUCAAAUUUGGAAUUCACAGGAUGCUUUAUAAAAAAUGAUGACAAUCUUCAUCAUUUUAUUGACAAAUCAUUCAGACCAAACUUCAACAGGAAGAAAUUUAAUACACAAAAACCAAAAUACCUUUUUUAUAGUCCUCUUCAUUUGAGCCAGUACCAAGGAGAUGUGACCAUGGCUGUUCUUAAGUAUAUGGAGAUUUCAAAGAAAGAGACGUCCAUGGAACUAACAACAUGUUGCCUGGAAAACCCAUUGGUUUUCAUGUUUAAUGGGCAUUUGUUCUUGUGCUGUGAUUCAGAAGAUCUAAACAAAAGCAAGUCUAUGGAUAAAUACAGCAAGGAGUAUGRAAUCAAUCAAACUUUAGAUUUCAGCAAGAGGUUUUAUGGAUUAGGCAUGGAGGAAGACCUUCUUAAGUUCAUUUCCUUCUACAUGCAGCAAACCAAAUCAGGGAGUUAUAACUGUAACGAAACAGAUUUUAAUAAACUGCAAGAGGCUGGGCCACUUCUUCUGGAAAAUAACAAAACUAUAGUGGGAUACUACAGAAAAGUGGAGGGAAACUGCAGAAUUAAGAUUUACUUGUUUGAAAAUAGUCAAGGAAGUACUACUUCUAACGUUUCUGGAUCUGCCACUGAACUGCUAAAUGUGAAACACUCUUUGAUUCUGUUUUGCAUUUGCCAUUCGAAACUAACAUUACCUAUACAACUCUCCACAGAUGUUCGUCGUGAUCGAAGCAGUGAUGACCUUGAUGGAAUUCCUUUUGGUGUUGAGCAACAACCGAUGUUUUUGAGCGAUUUUUUCGAAAAAGACGCAGAGAAUAUUAGAACCCUAUCUCGCUACCUUGACAGAAGGUCGUUGGUGAUAAAGAACUACGAAGACCUAGCAAGCCGCUUGAAAGCCCCUACGUUAAUCAUAGCGAAGUGCAAAAGCAACAUCGAACACAGUCCAACAUUAGAUCUCAUGCAGUUGGAGAAGGUUUCGACUCUUUCAGUUAAUGCGCUGGUGGAAAAAUUAGAGGCGAUCUCAAGAAAUGAUGUGGCCAAUAAAAUAAAAGAUAUUAUACCUGAAAAUGAAAGGGAAUGCCUCAGCGUAAAAAAUGCACUAAUUCGCUACGAAGAACUGUUUGAACAAGUUGCAGCCACGGUUGAUACAGCAAAAAGAUAUAACUGGGAAAUUCUUGGCCAUAAACUUGGAAUUCCAGGAGACGAAGUUAAACAGAUUGGAUUAGGGUGCAAUCCCACAGAACGUCUUUUGGUGGACUACGUGUAUCCAACAAUGGAAGCAGAGGAAUUGACAGUAGCACGGUUCCGAGAUCUCAUUAAAAAAAUAGAAAGACGUUCAAUAUUGAAUCUUCUCUCAGAAUCUGGAAUCACUGAACAAGACGAUUGUCGAUCCAUUAAAGAUGUCAUCCCUCCUGAUAGUGAAAUAAUGUGGAAAUUGUGUCUGGAACUAAACAASGAAGUUGUUGGUUUAAAAAACUGGAAGCAUUUGGCCUCUUCUUGGGGAAUAAAACACGAAAUCUAUUCUCAGUUUAAACCAAACCAGAAGACAAGCCCUACUGAGAUAUUACUCAAAGAAUGGUUAAUUGGUGAACGUCCGACAUUUACUGUCAAUGCACUUUGCCRUCUUUUGRGUGAAAUUAAGAGAAACGAUGCAAAAAAGUUUUUAGAAGAAACACUACAAGAAUAUAGCCAAGUACAUAUGUAGAAGUAUUUCAGUUAAGGGUGAUCAUCUAGUAUCACCCUACAAACUUAUUUUGUGUGUCAAAGUUUGAUAACACAUUUACACCGUCCAACUUAUAAGUUAUAACUUAUAUAACUUAUAAUAACUUAUAAGUGAACGUAUUGUUUAUGAACACUGCCAUCGUGGUGUAAAUGUGCCAACCAUUUUAACAAUAGGAUUUUUCACUUUGCUUUGUUGGGUGGCCAAUAGAUUUCUAGUUAGCAAUUUAAAUAACAAUCAACCAAUAAAAAUUGCGUCAUCGUACGCCAACCUAUAUUAGGUAACGUUUUCAAAUGACGUCAUUUAUAAUUACGUAAGAUUUAACUAAGGUGCGCCCAUGUGCCUUUGUUUCAGCGGACGCCUUUCUGUAUUCUUUGAUCAGCCCAGAGGUUGUUUCAAGGUUCUGUUUGUGAGUUAGCUAUACCCUGACAUAGAUCAGCCCAGAGGUUGAUUCAAGGUACAGUAAAAACCCGCAUAAAAGAACACCCAUUUUUGGAGUUGAGGCUGAUUUUGUUCUUAUUUAACGGGUGUUUACUGAAAAAUCAACCUGAAGGUGUUCUUAUUUUUUUAAGAACACUUUUUAAUAUUUCAGGCUGAUUGUGUUCUUAUUUACAUGGUACUUAAAACGCCCAAAUUCAGGCUGGGUGUUCUUAACCCACUUUUUCUUUUAUGCRGGUUUUUACUGUAUCGGUAAAAUUUGAAGGUUUGUGUCUCACCAUCAAGAAUCUUGCGACUGACCCUAGAAAAAAACGUAAGAUUGAGGUGAUCCGCGCACUAAAUAUUUUUUAAAUAGAAGUAGCAAUUGUACUUGUUCUUAGAUUUUAGAUAAACAACACUCGGAUCUUACUUAGCUUUUAUCUUAUACAUUUUAUACUUGUCUCAUAGAAGUCUCAUCAAAUUUCUCACUAGCGUACGUAUAUGAUAAGGGUUAACCGGUUCUUUGGGACUGACAUAAUAAGCCCACCAGCUUAUAAGAUAAAAUAGAUUGUAAUAGAAUUUGAAUGAAUUCGAUAAAUAAAUGUUAUGACUAUACUGUU